UUGUUUAUAAAUGUCCAUUUCUUAAGUCUUCUUAAAUUUCCAUUUCACAAACAAAUGGAACUUUUGAAAGGGUUUUUAUGUUUCCUUCUUCCUUUGGCAUUGCUUCAACUCCUCCUCGCACUCGUCCGGCGAGGUCGAUCGUCGACCCAACGUCUCCCACCGGGUCCCAUCUCGUUGCCAAUCAUCGGGAACUUCUUUCAGCUAGGAAACAAGCCCCACCGAUCACUAACACGAUUAGCCCAAACAUAUGGUCCAAUUAUGUCCAUAAAGUUAGGUCAAUUGACUACCAUAGUAAUUUCAUCACCCACAAUGGCACAAGAAGUCCUACAAAAACAGGACAUUUCCUUUUCCAAUAGGUUCAUUCCGGACGCUGUUCGUGCACACGAUGCACACAAGCUCUCUAUUAUUUUUCAACCCGUAAACGACCGUUGGCGGAGCUUGAGGAGGCUCUCUUACACCCAUAUAUUCUCAGGCCGAGUACUUGAUGCCACACAACACGUCCGACGUAAAAAGGUGGAGGAGCUCAUGACCUACGUCCGAAAAUGUUGUCACCAAGGCAAGACGGUGAACGUUGGUCGGGCAGCCUUCCUUUCAUCGUUGAAUGUGUUGUCCAACACUCUUUUCUCGGUUGAUUUGGCCGACUCCGAACGGGACGAGGCUCGUGACUUUAAGGAGUUGGUUUGGAACAUUACAUUGGAGGCCGGAAAACCCAACAUGGUUGACUAUUUUCCGGCACUACGCUCUAUCGAUCCGCAGAGGAUACGUGGACGUAUGUCAUUAUAUUUCUUGAAGGUGACGAGUUUAUUCGGUAAAAUGAUUGACAAGAAGAUGGAGAUGAAAACCUUCUUGAGGGAUAUUUCUGAAAGCGACGUGAUGGAUAUGCUCCUCAAGAUUUCUCAAGAGAAUACCAACGAAGUCGAUAGAGAUCAGUUAGUGCAAAUGUGUAUGGAUGUUUUUGUCGCUGGGACAGAUACUACCUCAAGUACACUUGAGUGGGCAAUGACAGAAUUAUUGCGACACAAAACGGUCAUGGAAAAUGCGAAAAACGAGCUUAAGCAAGUUGUUGGUGAUGGUAAGCAAGUAGAAGAGUCCGAUAUUGACAAAUUACCCUAUUUGCAAGCGGUUAUAAAAGAAACUAUGAGAAUGCACCCGUCAGUCCCAUUUCUUAUCCCUCGCCAAGUUUAUGCAGAAGUUAAUUUAUGUGGUUACAAAAUCCCAAAGGAUGCACAAGUGUUGGUUAACGUUUGGGCAAUAGGUCGAGACCCCGAUAUCUGGGAGAGCCCCAUGCAAUUUAAACCCGAGAGGUUUAUUGAUUCCAAAAUUGAUGUCCGUGGUCAGGACUUUGAAUUGAUUCCUUUUGGAGCUGGACGGAGAAUUUGCCCUGGUUUAUCCAUGGCGAUGAGAAUCCUUUCGACAAUGUUAGGUUCGUUGAUUAAUUCAUUUGGUUGGAAGAAUGAGGGUGAUAUUAAACAGGAGAACUUGGACGUGGAAGUGGAAGAGAAAUUUGGAAUCACUUUGCAGAGGGCUAACCCACUCCUAGCAGUUCCAACUCCUAUAUAGCUCUUUAAAAAAAUAAUUAUAUGAAAUAAAUGUUUUCUUGGCUUAAAUAAGUAUUUUGAUAUUUUGUGCAAUUUUGAGACUAAAAUUAACUUGCCUUUGCAAGAUCUUUUAUAGGA